UUAGGGUUUCCCUCUUCGAGCGCGCGCCCUAGUUUUCCAUCGCUCCUGUUGUCCUUCGUUUUCUGUCUCGGUGUAAAUCUUCUGGGAGUUCGAUUCGAGGAGGAGGAGAAGCGGAGGAGGAGAAGGCGGUGACGACGAGGACGGCGGACGCUGGUUCCGGGGUGGAAGGGAUUUAUCGAGCGACGACCAUGUACGGAUCUAGGGGGGCAAUGAUGGGGAGCGGGGGGGUUUCGGACGGGUACGAGGGAACAAAGAGGCCACGAAUGAUCGAAUCAAAUCCCUACUUCGCAGUGAGCGGCGUGGGUGCUUCAGAUGGCUACGAUGCCGGUUCGAAGAGGCCACGAAUGAUGGAGCCAAGUCCCUACUUUUCUGGAAUUGGUGCCAGCAGCUUCUACCAGCCCUACAGCAGCAGCUUCAGCGGUGGAAGCAGCAGCAUGUACAACUUCCCCGUGGUUCGUCUGCGAGGACUGCCCUUCAACUGUGAUGAUCUUGAUGUCUACAAGUUCUUUGCUGGGCUCGACAUUGUCGACUGCCUGCUGGUGAACAAGAAUGGUCGCUUUUCAGGUGAGGCCUUUGUUGUUUUUCCAUCACCAAUGCAAUCUGAGUUUGCCCUCCAGAGGGACAGGCAGAACAUGGGGCGCAGGUACGUCGAGGUCUUCCGGUGCAAGAAACAGGACUACUACAAUGCAAUUGCUGCUGAGGUGAACUAUGGGGGGUCCUUCGACAACGAAUACCGUCAGAUCUCACCUCCAGCCCGUCCAAAGGGCUCCUUUGAGAAAGAUCAGAUGGAGUACACGGAGGUCCUUAAGCUUCGGGGGCUUCCCUAUUCUGCAACCCAGGCUGACAUUGUAGACUUCUUUGCGGAGUUUGAGCUGACUGAAGAUAAGGUGCACAUCGCAUGCCGCCCGGAUGGCAAGGCUACCGGCGAGGCAUACGCCGAGUUCCCAUCGGCGGAAGCGGCAAAGAAGGCGAUGUGCAAGGACAAGAUGACGAUCGGGUCGAGGUAUGUGGAGCUGUUUCCAUCGACACCUGAUGAGGCAAGGAGAGCUAAAUCUAGAUUCAGGAAUUGAUUCAGCAGCAGUUGUUUUGUUGCUGGAGCUCCGAAUGUAUGGUGUUCGCACUGAAUUUUCUGUUGGCACUAUUUUUCUUUUAGGACUGACUGCUAGCUGUAAGCCUCUUCUGCACCUAGAUCUUGUCCGGCUUCCCCUAGUUUGAAAUAUAUAAGAAAUAAUCAAUAUUAGAUGCAUCUAAAACUUAUUCAAUUAAAAGA